CGGGGAGGCUUCCUGGAUUGGCUGUCCUUCCUUUACGUCACACGACCCCGCCCCGGCGCGCGCCCCGCCGCGUGCCCACCCCUGGGCGGCUGGUGCAGCCUACGCUUGCCCGACCACAGCCUGCCGCCCGCGGAGCCGGAGCCCAAGCCCCAGCGCGCCGGGCUGGACGUGGGGCUCCUGGGCCGCGGCGGCGGGCAGGCGAUGCUCCAGAGGCCUGAGCAGCCAUGGAGGCCGAGGCGGGCGGCCUGGAGGAGCUGACGGACGAGGAGAUGGCGGCGCUGGGCAAAGAGGAGCUGGUGCGGCGCCUGCGACGGGAGGAGGCGGCGCGCCUGGCGGCUCUGGUGCAGCGCGGCCGCCUCAUGCAGGAGGUGAAUCGGCAGUUGCAGGGUCACCUGGGCGAGAUCCGCGAGCUCAAGCAGCUUAACCGGCGCUUACAGGCCGAAAACCGCGAGCUGCGCGACCUCUGCUGCUUCCUGGACUCGGAGCGCCAGCGCGGGCGGCGUGCCGCGCGCCAGUGGCAGCUCUUCGGGACCCAAGCAUCCCGAGCGGUGCGCGAGGACUUGGGCGGUUGUUGGCAGAAGCUGGCCGAGCUGGAGGGCCGCCAGGAGGAGCUGCUGCGGGAGAACCUGGCGCUUAAGGAGCUCUGCCUGGCUCUGGGCGAGGAGUGGGGCCCCCGGAGCGGCCCCGGCGGCGCGGGGGGCUCAAGCGCCGGGCCGACACCCGAGCUCGCUUUGCCCCCCUGCGGGCCCCGCGACCUGGGCGAUGGAAGCUCCAGCACGGGCAGCGUGGGUAGUCCCGACCAAUUGCCCCUGGCCUGCUCCCCAGAUGACUGAGGGCUCAGCUUCCUUCUUGUCGACGCCCGACCAGAUUGCUUCCCAAAGCGCAGGGACUGCGGUGGACCUCGGGACCUAGACGCCGUCCCCCCUCGCACGACGGGCCGCUGGCAUGGAUUUGGAAACUCUGGCACUGAGGAGGGCCCCUUGCUCUCGCUGGUGUGGCGGCAGGGGAACUGGAUGCUGGAGAGAAGGGACUUGCCGGGGACGGGGUGGGGGCUAAUAAACUGGAACGGAAGCAGA